CCCAAGACCGCCACCCUGGAGCGACAGUCGACCCCCGUGGGCGAGAACAUCAUCAAGGUCAAGAUCAUUCGCAAGGUGAUCGGGCCCGACGGCAAAGAGACGGUCACGGAGGAGAAGCGGGAGGAGCCCAUGCCUGCCGCCCUGAUCGACCCCGCCCGCCCUCGUGUCAUCAAGAGGACGAUUUACAUCGUGGUGAGACCGGACGGCCAGGAAGAAGUGACUCAGGAGGACGUGGACGAACACCCGGAGGGCGGCAAGCCGUCCAUCUUCUCGCGUCUCAGGAAAAUCAUCCGAAAGGUCAUCAUCGGUCCUGACGGCAAGGAGCAAGUCACCGAGGAGGAAGCCCACUUCCCCGAGCUGUACGUGACCCAAGACGACCUGAAGAAGCGUCCGGACGAGUGGGUGCGUCGUGUCAAGCUGAUCCGACGCGUUCAACUGCCCGACGGCUCCGAGCAGACCACGGAGGAGGACGCCGAGGAGCCCGAGGACGCUAUGCCCAAGGGCGCCAAGAAGAAGGUCACCAAGCUGGUGUACGUCAUCGUGCUUCCAGACGGCAAAGAGCAGGUCGUGGAAACCGAUCUCGACGAGACCAAGCCAGGCAAGUUCCGGGUCAUCCGACGUGUGGUGCGCACCAUCACGGUCAAGGACGGCAAGAGGCAGGUGCUGGACGAGAAGGUGGAAGAGCCCCAGCAGGACGAAAAGCCCUCGGCGCUGGACAAAAUCAUCAGGGCUCUUCCCUCUGUAUUUACUUUUACCAUCGGCCCUUCACCUGAUAUGUCGGGCCCUUCUUCCAGUCAGGGUAUUUUGUCUCAUCCUUCGGAUCACAAGGUGGGUGGAGAAGUUGCAGCGUCCCUCUCGUCUCCGUCAACUAAAGUUAUAAUGAGGAAAGUUAGAGUUAUAACGAAACGAAUCGACAAUCAUGGCUCGGUUCUGGAAUCCAUCGAAGACAGAGAAGAGCCUGAAGUUGUUACUUUAGAUGAGUUCUCCGACGAAAGGUUGAGGCAGGCUAGAAAGAUCACGGUCAUUAUCAUCCAUCCAGAUGGAAGUGAAGAUGUGUCAGAGGAGUACGUUGACGAGGGCGAUGAAUCACUUGGCGAUUCGGAUAGAAAGUCUUCACUGAAUCGCUUGUUUCAAAAAACAAGGAAAAUAUUUCACAAAGCCCGGAGCCCUGACGCUGCUCUGGUUGAGAAAGAGGUUCCUGUUGAUGCCGAUCAGAACAAGGAUGAUGCUUCAACUCAAGUAUUGGUUACGAAUACGGUAAAAAGUAUCAGGCGCAUUGUAAAACGUGUGAGUAUUGUCGAUGGUAAAGAAGUUGAGAUCGAAGAAGUACUUGACGAGGCCGACACUACUGAUGGUCAUGAGGGAGCAAGUACUAUCUUGGAUCAGACUGAAACUAUGCUUUCAGGCCAAAGACCACUUGUUCAACCGUAUGGUGUAGAUCCUCCUGCUACUGAUCUAGAAGAUGGCUUAGUACUCUCGCGCCUUGCGAAAACGAUACCUCUUCGCAAGGUUUCAGGCGAUGACGGAACUAAUCUGAAUGUGUUUAGUUAUGAGGGACUUUUAGGCGCAACUGUUAUUUAUGUGGUUGUGGAUGAAAUUGUUCCGUCAGUGGAUACUGGGCGUAUUAUUAAAAUGAGACGAGUGACCAAGACAGUGAUUACGCCUGAUGGGAAGGAAUCUUUUGAGGAACAUGAGGAUGAACCGAUUGACGUUACUGCUGAAGCCAAGUCCUUGUUGUGGUCUCGUAAAACAACUCGCCUUACGAUUGCCCCUGAUGGCACGCGUCAUGUUACUGAAGAAGUAGAAAGACCUUCAAUGCCAGAUAAAAGCGAUGUUGAAAAUCCCAAAAUGCUGACAACGAGCAGAAAAACUGUGCAAAAAGUCGUUGCUCCCGAUGGACAGGAACAUGUGUAUGAGAAAACUUUUGAAACUCCGGAAAUAGGCACAAUAUCAGCUACCCUUGUGACUCCUGUGUCCUUAGGGAACAUCAAAGACCAAGCUAGUAAAGCUUUGCAUCAGACAUCUCAAGACUUUGUUAAUGCUGAACGGCUUAAUCACACUGAAUCUGGAUCAAGUCCAAAAACUAAGAGCUCAGAUGCACCCUCAACCACACUCGUUACUCGGCUUGUGAAGUAUGUUCGAAAACACAUCGGUCUUGAUGGAAAGGAAAGUAUUUCGGAGGAGACAAGAGAAGAAGAUAUUGAAGUACCCAGAGGAGAAAAGGAAAGCAAGUAUCGCCGAACGAAAAUAGUAACUAUUAUUAUUGAUCCUAGUGGAAAAGAACACGUGACAGAGCUAUACAAGGAUGAACCAGAAACGCCCACCCCCUGUUCGUCACCCUCUCAGAAAACUCCUGUUAAAACGAUAUCUGUCGCUACCUCUCCGCUGAAUCCGGAUCCAUCUGUAACUAAACCAUCCUUGAAAACAGUUGAAGUUUCAUUAAGACUGCAAGAGAACUCUGGGCAGAAAAUCCUUGCGCCACAAAUCAAAUCAUCUGUUACUUUGGAGAAGUCGGGUGCCAACCCAACUCUUGAACUAACCAAGCAGUGGAGCACAAUUGAUAUACCAAGUACCGAGGUGUCAGAAGUGAUUAUUCCUGCGGAUGAGAGUGAAUCUCUAAAAGAUAUAUCAAUUUCUUCGUCUUUGGUCGAAUCUACUGACAUAUUAGUACCUGAUGACACAAUUUCAGUCGAUUCACCUCAACCGACUGAAGAUAUUUUGCCUAAAGACCCAACCACGCCACUGUCUGACGUUGAUAGCAAAACAAAGACCUUGGAACAUGGAUAUGAGCCAGAUGACACGACAAUGGAUGAAUUUUCAUUAUCUGACGAUGUGCGUCACAAAGGUAAAAAGAAGACUAAGAAGAGGCAAAAGCUACCAGUAAAUUGGUCUGAUGCUGAGACCAAUGUUCCUAAAUCCAGUCCAGCAACUAUUUCAGUUGGGGGUAGUAUUGUCUCCGACGAAGGUGCUAAGGCAGGCGUUCAAACUGCAGCGGAAGUUGUCGUCGAGUCUCCUAGGAGUACUGCUAACACUCUCAUUUCAUCUCCAGACGACCUAGUUCGUGUUGUAGAAGAAAACGUCGUUUCAAGGCCCGCGAGUGCCGAAGCUGGUGUCCUACUUGCUGGUCAGGUAGCAAUGUCAGUGCCUGUGCUGGAACGAGUUCCCACUCAGGAAGAGGGGGCUCAAACUACAGGGACAAUGCGUCCUGAAACUACAACGGAAGAUCUUUCAGUGCAGACCGUAGAAGAACCCACUCAAGAAGAAUCUGUUCAAACAUCUCCCCGUCAUACUGAAGAGAGCCCUCAAAAGAUUGCAGCUGAGCUUCUUGAGGAGGGUACUCAAACAACGUCUCCCCAACUGCCCGAGUUACAAUCAGCCCAUUCCCAGACUGUCACUCAAGAGACGAAAGACGAUGGCAUUCAGACUAUUUCUCCGGAACCGGUACAGAGACCAUCGACGGCAGAGUUGUCGAUGCAGACAGACACGACCAAACAAUCUGAAAGUGGUGCUCAAACUUCCAAGCCAACAAGUCCACUACAAGAAGUGCAGCAUGUGACGACCGAUCAUGCUUCUGUACAAACACCUGUUCCGACAACAGAUGAUCAAAGUGUCCAAACAAAAUCGGCAGAACCCGUUGCUGAAACUGGCGUUCAGGCCAUUUGUGCUACAAGCGAGACAUCCCAGCAGACAACUACACCAGACUCGAGUUUCAAGAAAACCGAUCUGUCGAAUGCAGGAAUCCAAACUUCACCUGUUCCUAUGAACUCAGACGAUGAGCACACUUCAUCAGCAAGCUCAGACCAGCCAUUCGAAGUGAGUGUCAAAACAUCCGUAACGUUUGCACCUGGAACAGACAGUUUCACUGUGUCUGAUAUAUCCUUGCGAAAAGAGGAUAUCGACAAGAUGAAGCGGCCAAAGGGCAAGAGAGGACCGGACGGAAAAAUGAUGGGGCAUGGGAAGGGAAGUGAAGGGGUAGUUCACACUAAUGUUGCGGUUGAUCCACUUGGUAGAGUUGUCACAACUGUUGAGCUCAGCGCCGACCCAAAAACCAUGACAGAGAGGUUCCUUGAAGGAGAAAGGCCCCAAGAGCAAGUGAAAGGUCUUGGAUCGCCUGUGCUGCCCGUGUCUGCUAUCAAUCAGCUGGAAGGGAAGUUGUUGCGCUUGAAAGCUGGAACACAACACCCGACAAGGCGCCCCAAUGUUCUUUAUCUGGCUGCGCUUCAGGACAGCAGCUCGCUAGACCCCGACGGGGAAGAAAAGCGCGUCAAGCAGCUUGAAAAAGAACUGCAUUCCCGCGGAAGCAACGGCGAGCAGAUUGGGCAGUCGGGCGUGGCAGUGAUUGAAGCCAUCGCCAGCUGGCUGGAGACUAUUCAGUACAGAAUAAUGGUCUUGCAAGAAACACACAGCAAGGAGGGCCCCAGUGCCGAAAGGAUACAAGAACUAGGGAAACUGCGCUCUAUGACGAAGCGUGCUCAAAACACAGUGCAAAAUACUGCCAAGCAAUUGGGGACUCAUCGUGAACAGUUCGAUCCGAGCCUGGCUUCUUUGACUGAGCAAGGGUCAGUCGUCGAGAGUCUUGCGAAAAGCGUCAUGAAACAACAACAGAGAGACCUCGCCAGAUGGGAGGAGUUCCUGAACGCCGUGAACGUCGCCUCUGUCAUCGCUCAGGAAUCGCGAGGCCAAGUGGACGGCAUCCUGUCAUCGGACACCCCCACCAGGGAGCUCAUAGACAUCCUGGACCAAGUGGAAGCGACGAAUAGGAGCAACAUGGCGAAGAUCACCACCCUGCUCAAUGACGCUCACGGUCUCUUGCGAGACUUUCCCGGACACGCCCUACCUCCUGAGAUCUACUCUCUGCAAGAUUCGGUGCGGCUGCUCGGCCGCGACAUCACCGAGAACAGGGAGCACCUGGAGCAGCGCAUCUCUUUGGCCGCAGAGUACGAAGCGACGCUCGGCGAACUGGAGCAAAUCACGGACGUGGCCGAGGCCCUCGUGACCUCGCCGAUAGUCGUCUCCGAUUUGCACCAACUUCAAGAAGAGAUGCAGAAACACCGAAAGUUCUUUGUGAAUCUGAGCCACUGCCGAAGCCUGCUGGAGUCACUGGAAGGCUCCCUCGACCCGGAGACCAGGACUAGCCAUGCCGCCCUGCACGGCCGGCUGCACGCGCGUGCCACCAGCAUCCUGGACGCGGCCGCGUCGCGCUCCCAGCAGAUGGCGCUGGCCGCCAGCAGAUGGACGCUGCUAGAUGCGGGGGUCCGCGAGGAGAAGAAGUGGCUGCAAGUAGCUCGGCAGCGCCUUCCGGACCUCAACUCCGUCACCUGCAACGACUACGACCAGUACAUCUCCCUCCAUCAAUCCCUGCAGUCCGACGUGGCUCUGCACCACGCUAGGAUUCUCCACCUGACCAACACGGCCCACACGCUCCAGACCAUGGUGAGCUGCCCCGCGCUGGAGAACAACUACGACGAGCAGCUGGAGACGGUGCUGGCGCUGCGCGACGAGGUCGGCGACAACCUGCAGCGCCUGCAGGCCUUCCGGGAGGCGUGGAAGGCUUACGAAGCGCUCACCGACCGGCUUGGAUUCUGGCUGGCGGAGGUGGAGAUGGACCUCACCGACAUGGAGGCGAAGGCCCCGACCGAGAACAUGCGCCGCUACUGGGAGCUCAAGGCCCAGCAGGAGGUCCACGGCCAGGUGCGCACGGAGGCCAACGCCCAGCUGGAGACGGCCCUGAGGGUCAUCCCCGUCUCGGACGAGAUGAGCCGCCGCGGCGAACACUCCACCCUGGACGAACGCUGGCGCCGCGUCGUGGCGCGCGUCGACGCCAUCCAGGCCGUGCUCACGUCCAACCUGCAGGCCAACGACGUGCCCGUCGCCAACAAGCUGCACCUGCUGGAGAAGGAGCUGCAGCAGCUCGGCGCCGCCUUCAAGGACAUGAACGGCGUGCUCAAGACGCAGGAGGAGCUGAGCCUCUACGUGGAGCGCCUCCAGGUGAUGCGCCAUCGCACCAUCCACAUCCAGGAGGACCUGAGCCGCCUGGGUCUGCUGCCCACCGCCGAGAGCGACCGCGUGGGGGCACUGCUGUCCAGCGCCAAGGUGCUGGAGAACGUGCUCUCGGAGGAGCUGGAGAACGCCGCGGCGCUGCGCGACACGCUGCAGUCCCUGGACAGCGGCCUGACCGCCGUGUCGCGCGAACACCAGCGCGACGAGGACACGCUGCGCUGCUGCGCCGCCAGCGAGGGCGAGGACAGCGAGGUGGUGCAGAAGGCCAUCCUGGAGUGCGAGGGCGUGGGCCGUGACCUGGAGGACCAGUGGCAGGACCUGAUGGCGCUGCGGCAAGUGCUGCACACGCUGCCGGCCGGCCUGCGCGUGUCCGUGUCCCCCGGCCACCUGGAGCGACGCAUCUCGGCCAGCCAGGACGCGCACGCCGGCCUGGAGGCGCGCUGCCAGGCCCUGCGCGGGCUGCUCGCCACGCGCCUCAAGCUCUGGCAGACCUUCGAGGAGCGCCUGGAGGCCGUGCGCUCGUCCGUGCAGGAGGCCGACUACAUGGUGGAGCUGCUCUCGGUCGGCACCGCGCUCGACCUGGACCGGCUGGUGACGGCCACGGAGAGACUGGAGGCGGUGCGCGCGUCCCUGUCGGAGCGCGGGGACUUGGUGGGCUCGCUGGCGCUGGCCGCGGAGCCGCUGCGCGCCGUGUGCUGCCCUGAGGUGGCGGCCCGCGUGGACGCGGCGGUCCGCGAGGCCGGCGACGCGUACGACGGCGCGCAGGAACAGGUGGCGCUGCUCACGGAGCGCUACGAGCGCGUCGUCACCCUCUGGAAGCGGUACCGCGACGCGGCCGACCAGCUGCGCGACUUCACCGACCACCUGCAGCUGCCGCCCGCCAACCUGCCCCCCGAGGAGCUGGCCCGCGCCGUCCAGGUGACGGAGGAGGCGGUGGCGGCCAAACAGCAGCGCCUGGAGGAGCUGCGCGCGCUGGCCGCCGAGAUCAGCGAGUCGCUGGGCGUGCCCAACCUAGCCCAGUCCGCCAAUGGCGGCAAUGGCGGGCUGCCCCUGGACGCCGAGCUGGCCGCGCUGGACCGGCGCCUGGCCGCCGUGCGCGACUCCAUCCAGUCGCUGGACAAGGUGGCCGACAGCAAGCAGCGCGCCGACAAGCAGCUCAGCGACACGCGCGCCUUCCUGGGCACCGUGCACAAGGAUGUGUCGGCGACGCCCCGCACCAGCGAGAGCGACGCCGAGGCCGGCGAGCGGCUGGUGGCUCUGCGGGAGCACCUGCUGCAGCUCGGCGCCACGGAGGGCCAUCUACAGGCACUGCGUGACGACGCCGUCGAGCUGACGCCCCACACGCCGCCGGCCACCCCCGACCCCACCCGGGAGACAUCCGUCGUCGAGAUCCUGGAGCUAUGGCAGCAGGUGUUCCGCGACACGUUCCUGCAGUACCGCAGCCUGUCGGCGCGCCUGGUGCGCUCCGAGGACGGCGUGGCGGCGCUGCGGCUGUGGCAGGAGUACCUGCUCAACCUGCAGGCCUUCCUGUCGGCCGGCCUGCCCGGCGACUACGACGCGCUCACGCAGCACCAGCACCAGUGCGAGGUGCACGAGAACCUGCUGACGAGUCAGGCGUCCGUGCUGCUGGCCGGGCCGACGCUGGACCGCAGCGACCCGGCCGUGCAGCGGCAGCUGGAGCCGCUCAACGCGCUGCACAACGAGACCCUGCAGCGCAUCGGGGAGCGCAACGCGGCCGUGCGGCGCCGCCUGGACCUGUGGGCGUCGUACCGCGCCGCGCAGUCCGCGCUGCUGCACUGGCUGCAGGCCAUGGAGCGCGAGCGUGGCCGCCUGCAGCUGCGCUACAUCUCGCUGCGACGGCUGCCGCAGCUGGCGCAGCGCAUCGGCGAGCUGCUGGACAAGCUGCCGACCGGCGAGAAGCAGGCCGGCGACCUGGCCGCGCUGCAGGGCCGCCUGCUGGCGGGCUGCGACGAGGCGCUGGCCACCUCGGUGCGCAUGGAGUACGCCGCGGCGCAGCAGCGCAUCGGCAACCUGCGCGCCGGCCUCGAGACCUGGCGAGACUUCCUGCUCAAGCUGCAGGCCCUGGCCAACGACUUCGACGUCCGCGCGGCGGCCGCGGACAAGGAGCUGGCCGACGUGGGCCGCGCUCUGGACGCGCUGGACGCGCCCAACGCCCCGCGCCGUGACGCCGUCGCCAGCCUGGCCGUCGUGCGCGGCCUGCAACAACGCCUGGACGACGCCGUCGCCGACCUGGAGAGGCUGGGCGUGAGCGAGGAGAAGCUCAAGGAGGCCGUCAGCCCCACCGACCUGAAGGCCGCGGCGCAGCGCGUGCGGCUGCUGUGGCAGCGCCACGCCGACCUGGAGCACCGCCUGCGCUCGCGGGCGCACGCCCUGCAGGAGGCGGACAGCGAGCGGCUGCGCUACGUGGCUCGCGCCGACCGCUUCCUGCGCUGGGCGGCCGAGCAGACAGCGCGGCUGGAGCGCCUGGACAAGCCCGGAGGACAUCUGGAGGCUGACCUGGACCUGACCGGCGCGGAGGCACUGCGUCGCCUGGAGGCGGGCGUCAGCGGCGACGUCGAGCUGAAGCGGCGGGAGGCGGACUGGCUGAUGGCCGCCACCCCCGGCCUGGCCCCCGGCGCCGCGCCCGCCCCCGCCACCGACCCCCACCAGAAGCAGGUGGAGGAGGCCCGCAAGCGCGUGCGGACGGCCUGGACGCGCGUCACCACCCUGCUGCGCGCGCGCACCGACAAGCUGCACAGCGUCAUCGACACCGCGGCGCAGCUGCAGAAGCGGCUGGACGAGCUGCGCGCGCGGCUCUUCGCGCUGGAGAAGCAGCUCAAGACACCCCUGGAGCUGGACGCGCCCACGCAGAAGGCCGUCAACAAGCGCCUCAAGGAGCACGAGGAGCUGCAGCGACGCAUCGAGCACGAGGCCAAGGAGUUCGGCGAGGUGAACCAGCUGUGCGACGUGGUGCGCGGCGACUGCGAUGCCAGCACCGCCGCCAGCGUCGCCAAGAGCAUGGAGUCCGUCGAGGCCAGGUGGAAGAGCGUGUGCGCGCUGUCGACGGACCGCAAGCGGACCAUCCAGGACCUGUGGAAGCUGCUGCAGGAGCUGAUGGAGCUGUGCGCCAACCAGCGCAAGUGGCUGGCGGGCGCGGAGAAGACGGUGCGCGAGGUGCGCGACGCCGCGGCCGGCCCCGUGUCGCGCCGCGACCUGCCCAAGCUGGUGCAGCGGCUGGACGGCGUGCUGCGCGAGGUGGAGGGCCGCCGCAACAGCCUCAACGUCGUGGAGACCACGUACAGCCGGCUGUCCCGCGAGCUGGCCAACUGCCCGUCGCUGCUGGGCGAGUCGCGCGGCCUGGCCGAGCGCUGGGGCGCCGUCGGCCCCGCGGCCCAGGACCUGCGGCACUCGCUGCUCACGCUGGCCGAGUCCCACGACAAGUUCGAGGCCGCCCACAAGGAGGCCGUGCUCGUGCUCACGCAGAUCGACGCGCGGCUCUCGCAGCUCCAGCUGCAGGAGCCGGCGCGCAGGGACCCCCGGCAGCUGCAGGCGCUGACGCGAGACCUGGAGAGCCGCAGCGCGCUACUGACCACGGCCGACCAACUGGGCCUGGAACUGAUGCGCGCCGCGCCGCCCGCCGAGGUGGAGCGGCUGCAGGCGCUCGUGGACGAGUACCAGGGCCUCUGGAAGGACGUGGCGCAGCGCCUGGAGCAGCUCAGCCGGCAGGUGGACCAGGGCGUGCAGGUGACGACGCUGCGCUUCGAGACGGAGGCCGCCGUCCAGGUGGACACGCUGCCCAAGCGGCUGACGGCGCGCGACGGCUACCUCCACGAGCUGCAGGGCGCGCUGCGCGAGCUGCGCGGCUCCACGGACCGCCUGGAGGACCUGCUCGUCGACCAGCACGGCCAGGCGCAGGCCGGCGACACCUCGCUGGCGUCCUCGCGCGCCCUGGGCAAGGCCACGGCGGCCUGCGAGGCCUCCCACGAGCUGGUGCGCCACCUGCACUCGCUGCUGGUGCAGCAGUGCGGCAUGACGCCCGACCAGGCCCUGGCCGAGGAGGUCCGCGUCCUGGAGGAGCGCUUCCACGCCCUGCGCGACCGGGCCCGCCUCCGGGAGAGAGAGAUCCGCGACCUCAGGUCCUCUUAUAUCAGAGACUACGCUUUAAAUUGUUCUCAUGGCAAGCUUACUUGCCCUCUUUGCUCAAGACGAAAUUGGCAACAACUCGACAAUGAUCUAUGGCGACUGGAGAAGUGGCUGGAGCAUGCAGAAGGAGAGCAAUCGCUCCAAGUCACGCCGCCAACCAGCAUCGAACAACUGGAAGACAUCAUACAGGAGCAGAGAGAGUUCCUCUUGAACCUGGACAGCCACCGCUCCAUCGUCAAGUCACUCAACAUCGUGGGCGUGCACCUUGCCGACCACACCGACGACGAAGACCGUGCCCGCGAACUGCGGGCCAGGCUGGCGAGCGCCAACACCCGCUGGGAAGCAGUGUGCCGAGCAGCUGCUGUCUGGCAGACAAGACUUCAGUCCGCCCUCAUGGAGAAUGAUGAAUUCCAUGCUAUCCUUGAAGAACAGACGAGAUGGCUAAUCACUACAGAAGAAAAUAUACAGAGCACUGAACCAGUUGAUGUCACCGAAGAUCUGUCAGUGAUUGAGACAAAAUAUCUGAAAUUCAGGGACCUGCAUGCUGAACUGGAACGGUACGAGCCCAGAGUCAUGUCCCUGCAAGAGGCUGCCGACAGCCUUCUGCGACACACCGAUGCCCCUGCGGGGUCUGGCUCCACUCUGCAAAGGCUUACAGAUCUGCGCCUGAGACUUCAGUCCUUACGAAGGCUAACCGCGCUGUACUGCGUCAAGCUGGGCGCUGUCCUGGGCCGCUCUCCCGACGAGUUGGUCGGGUCCGCCCGGGUGGCGUCGCUGGCCAGUUUGAGUAGCGAGCUUUUGGACCAAGCCAGUGGAGGCCAGCUACACGCUUCAUCACAUUCCAUCCAGGCAAAUGCUGACAGUGGCUCGGGCGGCGACGCCGUGGACACCCGAGUCCUGACUCGGGGCUACCGGUUCCUCGGCCGCGUGCUGAGGGCGUCGCUGCCCAUCCAGGCCCUCAUGCUGCUGCUGCUCGGCGUGGCCACCCUCAUGCCCGCCGACCAAGACUACUCCUGCGUGCUCACCAACAACUUCGCGCGCAGCUUCGAGCCCAUGCUGCGGUACCCCAACGGGCCGCCGCCCAUCUAAUGAGCCUGAGCAGCCGCAUCCAAGUGCAUGUGCCGAUCGAGUUUCGGAGCGUGCCCUCGCCCAUUUGAGCGGACGACAUUGUGAUACGCACAUUCCUGGACCUUUUUUUUUUAACGUGACAUUUGCAACGUGCUCGCUGUAACCAGUGUUCAAUACCACUCGGAAAGAAGAGCACUAGUGUUUACCGCGAGAAAUGUGAGAUUUUAUGCCACCAAAUGGCUACCAAUUAUUUGUUUGAGGUAAACUGACUGUGAAAAUUUUAUUGAAGAGAGCUAAGAGCUCAUUUAAGAUACAACACUGUUUUUUAUUGGGCUGUAAGAGUCAAACGGGUUUUCUGUUGGAUCUGAAAAACCACAGAUGUAUAUUUUGAAAAAAAUCUUAUUUUAAUAUUGGUAAUUUUUAAGUGUAGUUUUAAGUCAUUAUUUUACCCUUCUUUAUUUUAUCUUUGUGAGCAGACCAACAGACAUUUCUGUUAGGAAUUUUUUUAUAACAAAAUGUUGUCUACUAAAGGGUCUUAGAAAAAAGGAUGUGGAACACCUUUUUUCCAAAAUCCUUUGUAUAAUUAUUAAGUGUAAAAAGAAGCUUUCAUUUGUGGAGGAGUGGAACACUCCACAUAUGCAACCGUCUUUUUUCUUGCUCUUUUUACUGCUCAGGAAGGGUUACAACCUUCUUUUCUUUUGCCAUGAGGUUUUGUAUCAUUUUGAAAUGUGGUUGAUAUUUUUAGCCAAAGUUAUAGAGUGCUUCUUUAGAAAGCCAGCUUCUCAUCUAACAAGCAAGACAAGUAAUGAUUAAGAAAGUGUUGACCUAACUAACUCUAAAACCGAUUCGGCAAAAAAGCUGUAUAAUUUUGUAGAUAUAGAAAAGAAGUAUGAAUAAAUUAUUUAUUUGUUUCAA